CUCGGGACGGGCGGGAGGUGGGGUGGGGGAACGCCAUAUAUAGAUCUGGAGCGCGGGGGCGCGGCGGAGAGUGGAAUCCGUUCGCGGCUCCAGUGUGGCACUGUGACUGCAGUCCCGGCGCCAGCCCAGCCCGGCCAGGUCCUCCUCGGUGCUCACAACCCACCUCCCAGCCAUGCGUGCCCUCUUGCUCAUCAGCACCAUCUGCCUCCUGGCCAGGGCCCUGGCCGCUGAGGUGAAGAAACCCGCGGCUGCAGCAGCUCCGGGCACCGCAGAGAAGCUGAGCCCCAAGGCGGCCACGCUGGCUGAGCGCAGCGCCGGCCUGGCCUUCAGCCUAUACCAGGCCAUGGCCAAGGACCAGGCGGUGGAGAACAUCCUGCUGUCACCCGUGGUGGUGGCCUCGUCCCUGGGGCUAGUGUCGCUGGGCGGCAAGGCGGCCACGGCGUCGCAGGCCAAGGCGGUGCUGAGCGCCGAGCAGCUGCGCGACGAUGAGGUGCACGCGGGCCUGGGCGAGCUGCUGCGCUCGCUCAGCAACAGCACGGCGCGCAACGUCACCUGGAAGCUGGGCAGCCGCCUGUAUGGGCCCAGCUCCGUGAGCUUCGCAGAGGACUUCGUGCGUAGCAGCAAACAGCACUACAAUUGUGAGCACUCCAAGAUCAACUUCCGCGACAAGCGGAGCGCCCUGCAGUCCAUCAACGAGUGGGCGGCGCAGACCACCGACGGCAAGCUGCCCGAGGUCACCAAGGACGUGGAGCGCACCGAUGGCGCGCUGCUAGUCAAUGCCAUGUUCUUCAAGCCGCACUGGGACGAGAGAUUCCACCACAAGAUGGUGGACAACCGAGGCUUCAUGGUGACCCGUUCCUAUACCGUGGGUGUCACCAUGAUGCACCGGACAGGUCUCUACAACUACUAUGACGACGAGAAGGAGAAGCUGCAGAUGGUGGAGAUGCCGCUGGCGCACAAGCUGUCCAGCCUCAUCAUCAUCAUGCCCCACCACGUGGAGCCCCUUGAGCGCCUGGAAAAGCUGCUGACCAAAGAGCAGCUGAAGGUCUGGAUGGGCAAGAUGCAGAAGAAGGCUGUGGCCAUCUCCCUGCCCAAGGGAGUCGUGGAGGUGACCCACGACCUGCAGAAACACUUGGCUGGGCUGGGUCUGACCGAGGCCAUCGACAAGAACAAGGCAGACCUGUCUCGCAUGUCGGGCAAGAAGGACCUGUACCUGGCCAGCGUGUUUCACGCCACUGCCUUCGAGUGGGACACGGACGGCAAUCCCUUCGACCAGGACAUCUACGGGCGUGAGGAGCUGCGCAGCCCCAAGCUCUUCUACGCCGACCACCCCUUCAUUUUCCUGGUUCGAGACACCCAGAGUGGCUCUCUGCUGUUCAUCGGGCGCCUAGUCCGGCCCAAGGGUGACAAGAUGCGAGACGAGUUGUAGGGCCCCAGGGUGGGUGUGGGAUGGCAGGGGGCAGAGGGAGGCUCCUGAGACAC